UCCCUAUUGGCACCAUUCUCAUACACAAAUAAUAGGCCUUUUUUUUUUCAUAAACCCGCCUUUCAAUGUCGUUUUUUUCUUCGACUCUCGCUUCUCCCUUCCUGACUUUAUGGAGGUUUAUUUUGAACAGGCUUCUUAUCGUCUCCAAGAGUAAUACUUCACCAACAAACAAAUCGAGCAGCCGAAUAUGACGAGACAAAAAACACCAGCCUUGGACAAUGCGUGUCACAUCUUCAACAACGUCUACAUUACACGUCACACAUGUGGCAUUUUCUGUUUUCACUUUGUUGAUCGUUUGCUUUCGAGCUCAGUGAAAACGGACCGCCGGGUCAGCGAUUAAACAACGAGUCCAUUCUCCUGGGAAGUCUUUUGGCUGACCUUAAGGGUGUGCAUCAGAGUGUCUACGGAUAUGUUUUUUCGGUGUUCAAGUUGUUUAUGUUUAUUGGAUCGAUUACAUCAGAGAAAUUGAUCGAGAAAUUCAGUCCGGUGCCGUUGUACGUUGUUGGACUGCUCGGAACUUUCCUGUUUGACAUCUGCAUCGGAUCCCUGUUCUGGGUGAAUGACAGAAAUAUCUUUAUUGGACUGUCUUUUCCUCUCGCGGUCGUUGGAGGCUUUCUCGCGUGUUCGUAUUCAAUUUCGAUGUAUUCGAUACUCACCGAGCGUUUUAGCACUAAACCUGGCCUAAUCAUUGCGUCGAUGGAGUUUCUGUGGGGCAUUGGUAAUAUGGUGGGUACGUUAGCCGGCGGAGUUCUCAUAGAUUUCUGGAAUUUUUCGCUGCCGUUCUUCGCGUCAGGCAUCAUUAUGGUCAUGCUGAUUCCAACAAUCAUCAAGAAUGGACCUAUUAAACCUUCCAGAAGUCAUUCAGAAAAGGACUUGGCUCCAAGGUCAUCAUUCAACCCAUUAAAUCAACAAGAUCGUAACCCUGAACUCAGUGCAUGCACGAAUACAGUUAAUGGGAGUCAAGUUGACUAUCGUCGCAUGGUGUUUAGACCUCUUUUUCUCAUUGACAUGGUGACCGUAUGCUUGUCAUGGGUAGUAAUGAGCUUCAAUGAACCGACGCUUGCACGCUAUCUGACCCAGUUUCAUUUAUCGAAUACAGGAGUCGGCCUUGUGUUUUGCGUACAGUUUGCAUCUUACGCAAUUGGUGCAAUUAUUUCUGGAAUCUUAUCCCAUUUAGGCCAAGAAGAGUUCUUCCUAUUCUUUGGUCAGCUUUGCACAGCGCUCGCGUUCCUGGUUAUUGGCCCCGCACCCUUUAUUCAAAGUGAACCGAAACUUAGCUUCAUCUAUCUUUCACAAGUGUUCACCGGACUAGGAAUGGCUGGUCAAUUCGUUUGCGGCUUUGCUCACGCUCUGAAGAUCUCAAUUAAAGCUGGUUAUCCUGGCAACAUAAAGACAUCGGGCGUCAUAGCCAGUGCCACAUUUAUUUUCAUGGUGUUAGGGGCAAUAGUGACUCCACCGAUUGCCAGCUACCUCGUAGAAAGAUUUCAAUAUCGGACGGGAUCGAUGUUUAUCUUUAUCCUGCUUCUUUUCUGGAGCGUGGUAAACCUCGGCGUAUUCAUCAAGAGUCUCAUCGACAAGAUCAGAUCCACCAAUUAAAAUGAGGGACUGCAUCGGACAAAAUAUAUGAUAUUGAUUUCUGAAACGAUUCUACCUCAUAUGAACAUAAUUCGACUUCAAGAUUGAGAGCAAUAUCAUCCGUUGUAACUAGCUCGUUAGUAUAGCGCAGCAUUAGAAAAGACCUCGUAAUGGUUGUCCUUUGAUUUUUCAUUUGUACAGGGUUAAUUCGUCCAGUGACACCGAUGUCACCUAGGUCCUGCUUUACAAUAAGAGAAAUAUGUAAAUUAAUUGUAAAUUUAACAGGAGCGUCUGGAACGCAUCCGCUAGCCGGUUACCACAAGAGAUAAGAUUAAGAUAAAUAUGUCGUAAUGUAAGAUAAGCGAACGACCACCAAUAUUCAUAACGACCAGCAAAUACGAAGCUCUGAAGAAUGCAUCGAACAAUUAUCCUAGAGCUAAAGAGCUUUGCUGCCAUGUAAAUAGCACCUGUAUUAUA